UCAAAUUUGAAAAGUCGAAUAUUUACGCACAAUUUGAAUUUUCUCAAGUUACCGCUAAUUAAGGUUUACCUCGUAUAAAUGUAUUACAUUUCAAAGCCAGCUAUGGAGUGUGUCAUAAAUUGUCAAGCCUAGAUAUGUGACAUCAAAGUUUCAAUCGGAAUUAUGUCAAAUUCUUGUUCAAUAUGGCGAAAGCUAAAUGUCACAAAUGCGAAGAAAAAUGCGGAAAAGGUCGAGCAGAUCCGGAGUUAAUACUAAAACUCGACAGAGCGUACAGAGAACUACUAAAAUCCGAUUCGAAAUCGUUAAUGAGAAAAUAUUUGACGCAAGAAAUUUUCAACAAACUCAAAACGAAAAAAACUUCGUUCGGUAAUACCCUGAUGGAUUGCAUCCAAUCGGGAUUGAUAAAUUUGGAUUCGGGAAUAGGAAUAUACGCAGCCGAUCAAGAAUGCUACAGUUUAUUCGCCGAUUUGUUCGAUCCUAUAAUCGAGGAAUAUCACGGCGGUUUCAGAAAAUCGGACGUUCAUCCCCCGUCAGACUUCGGAGACAUUUCCACUUUGGGGAAUUUAGAUCCCAAAGGAGAAUUGGUAGUUUCCACGAGAAUAAGAUGUUGUAGAUCCGUAGAAGGUUAUCCCUUCAAUCCGGGUCUUUCGGAAGAGCAGUACAUGGAUCUCGAAUCGGAUAUUGUUUCCGCAUUAUCAGAUCUUCCCGGCGAAUUGAAAGGGCAGUACAUUGCUCUUCGCGACAUGACUCCUAUGCAACAGCAACAACUCAUCGACGAUCAUUUUCUGUUUAAAGAAGGCGAUAGAUUUUUAGAAGCAGCUAAUUCAAAUAGGUACUGGCCAAUGGGUAGAGGAAUCUAUUUAAACGAAAACAAAACUUUUUUGGUAUGGGUGAACGAGGAAGACCAUAUAAGGAUUAUUUCUAUGCAGAAAGGUGGUGAUAUCGGAGAAGUUUACGCCAGGUGGGUGACGGCCGUUACCACUUUGGAAAAAAAAUUGAAAUACAUACGAAGCGAUAGAUUUGGUUAUCUAACUUUUUGUCCGACUAAUCUGGGUACGACGAUACGAGCUUCUGUACAUAUCAAAGUUCCUAAAUUGGCUAGAGACAUGAAUAAAUUGAAUGAUUUGGCAGGUAGAUACAAUUUGCAAGUUAGAGGUACCAGCGGAGAACAUAGCGAAGCCCAAGAUGGAAUAUACGAUAUUUCUAAUAAAAGAAGAUUAGGUCUUACGGAAAUCGAAGUCGUUAGAGAAAUGUACAAUGGAAUUUUGGAAAUGAUCAAACUUGAAAAGAGUAGCACUUAA